AUCCCCCCCAUUCCCCCCGCCCCCCCCCCCUCAAUAGCCAUGAAAACCGCUGGGGUCAAGACGGAGGGAGAGGAAGAGGACGACGACGGAGUGGGCUUGGCCUACCCGGACUGGGCCUACAAGCCUGAAUCCAGUCCUGGGAGUCGCCAAGUCCAGCUCUGGCACUUCAUCCUGGACCUGCUGCGGAAGGAGGAAUAUCGGGAAGUCAUCGCCUGGCAGGGAGAUUACGGGGAGUUUGUCAUCAAGGAUCCCGAUGAGGUGGCUCGGCUCUGGGGAAUGAGGAAGUGCAAACCUCAGAUGAACUAUGACAAGCUCAGUCGGGCCCUCAGGUAUUACUACAACAAACGCAUUCUACACAAAACCAAAGGGAAGAGGUUUACUUACAAGUUUAACUUCAGCAAGAUGGUGAUGGUCAAUUAUCCCUUCAUUGAUGUCCGAGGAUCUGGUGCCGUUCCUCAGAGUGCCCCCCCAAUCCCCACCAGCUCCUCCCUCUUCCACUUCCCGGCCCCCGAUGCCCUCUCACCGCGCUGCUGCGGCCCUUUCGAUGCUGCGGCAGCUGGUCGCCGAGGCCGAGGCUCGGUUUCGGAUGGGAGUGAGGGGACGCCCGCCACCUCCGAGCAGGAGGAUUGCAGCGGUGAAGCACGGUGGGGCUUGGAGGGAGUCGGCGGGGCCUUCAGCUCCUUCGGCAGGCCCGCCCGCCUCUACCAGGAGCCCCGUAGCCCCUUCUCCCCCCUCCUCCCUCCCUCCCUGGCCUUGUCUCCCGGCUUCCCCUUGACCCCCACCCCCUACACCUGCACCCCAUCCCCCAGCUUGAGCCCCGGGCUCGGGGGCAGGGCCAGCACCCGCUUCACGUUCAACCCCGAGGAGAUGAGCCUCUACCUCCAGGCCCACGCCCGGUCCGUCUACAACUACCACCUGAGCCCCCGGUCCUUCCCCCGCUACCCGGGGCUGCCGGUGACGGCCUUGCCGGCGAUGCCCCGCCCAGCCAACGAGCUGGCGCCCAGCAUCCAGCUCCAGGCCCCGCCCCCGGGCCGCAAGCCCCGAGCCGAGGCCCAGGGGGCGCCGUUCACCCGUCCGGCGCCGCCCCCCGCUGCCGAUCAGCCGGCGGGGGCCGAGGGCGGGGGAGGGGGCGCCGCCCCUCCCCGGGAAGGGCGGCGAGCCGAGGAGAAGCACUGCAUGCCCCUGAAGCUGCGGUACAAGAGGCAGUGGGUGGAAGACAGCUGCAAGCAGAAGGCCCGGGGCCUGGGGCCGGGGCUUGACCUCCCCUCGAAGGUGACCCCUUCCCCCUUGGCUGACGAGCUGGCCCCUGAGGCUGAAGGCGGACAGCAGAGAGCGACGCCGGGCCGGAAACAGGAGCUGACAGACUGAAGGAGACGGGCUGUUUGCCAAUAUGUUGCCUUUAUGUACGCAAAUAGCUAGACAUAUAAAAUAGACAAAUCGACAUCCAGCUCUCUGAGAAUGUCGGGGUUUUAAUCAUUAUCCUGUACAGACACGCUCCGUCCUUCCCACCCCCUCCUUCCACUCUCCCUCACCACCCCCCCACUCCUCCCCCACCCCCCGCACCUCCUCCCUCACCACCCCGCCCCCACACACCCCUUCCCUGUCUCAUGCAGCCACCCAACCCCACACACUCCGUCUCUUGCCCCCAUGCCUGGAAGAUUACUUCGUGUGCGAUAGCGAACUGACUGCCCGGCGUGUGCAAAUGAGGGAGAGGUGGGUGAAAGGGUUAAUCCCCCUCCGAUAGGGAACCGACAGCCCAGUGUGUGUAAUUGGGGGAGAGGUGAGUGAGAGGGUUAAUCCCCCUCCGAUAGGGAACACACUGCCCGGUGUGUGUAAAUGGGGGAGAGGUGGGUGAGAGGGUUAAUCCCCCUCCUAUAGGGAACAGACCGCCCGGUGUGUGUAAAUGGGGGAGAGGUGGGUGAGAGGGUUAAUCCCCCUCCGAUAGGGAACAGACCGCCCGGUGUGUGUAAAUGGG